ACAAUACGGAAUACCUUAGUUUUUUCCGUGGUAGGGUUGCAAUGGAUAAGAAUAUCCCUGUUAGGACUAGUUACAUUUAUUUAUAUUAUACUUCUACUCUUGGCAGACUAUAGUUACAAAAUAUUUGGAGAGGAAAAUGGAAAUAAGGAUGGAAGAUGAUAAUAUAACAGAACUCCAUGACGCAUCAGAGAAAGGGUGUAUGGUCACGUUGCACAGAUUGAUCCAGAAAGAUCCACACAUCCUUGAUAAAAUUUCAUUGACCCCUUUCAAUGAAACUCCAUUACACAUAUCAGCUUUGCUUGGCCACGUUGAUUUUACUAGAGCUCUUCUAGCUCUAAAACCUCAAUUGGCUAUGGAUUUGGACUUCCAUAAACGCUGUCCACUUCACUUGGCUUCUGCUAAUGGCCAUGUAGAAGUCGCCCAUGCACUGUUACGUGCAAAUGAAGAUGCAUGUCUUGUUUGUGAUCAAGAUGGAAGAACUCCUCUUCACUAUGCGGCCAUGAGAGGAAAUAUUGAGGUUGUGAAGGCAUUGAUCUUUGCAAAGCGUGAUUUAACUCGAGUUGUAUUCGAUGGGGGAGAGACCGUUUUGCACUUAUGUGUUAAGUAUAACCAAUUGGAGACUCUGAAACUCUUGGUGGAACCCGUGAAAGAUGAUGGGGAAUUUCUUAAUUCCAAAGACCAUGAAGGUGGCAACACUAUCUUGCAUAUAGCGGUGAUGCUAAAGCAAAUUGAGAUCGUAAAAUUCUUGCUUUUGGUGUCCAAAGUGAAAGAAGGAGAAAAUUCUCUAAAUUGGAUGGGUUUUACAGCUUUAGAUGUCUUAGAGCACAGUCCAAAAGAUUUCAAACGAUUCACCCUUCAAAACAUUUUAAUGGAUGCCGGUGUUGAAAGGGCAAAUAACCAAAAUAAUCUUUCACCACCAUCAGCAACCAUGAUUGGUCACCUUGAAUCAGGGAAACCAACACAAUUAAGCAAACAAAGGCCCUUGAAACAUAAGAGUAAUUGGAUAAAAGAGCUGCGUGGUGCAUUAAUGGUGGUGGCCACUGUGAUUGCAACGAUUACUUACCAACCUGCGCUCAAUCCCCCCAAUGGAGUUUGGCUAACUCAGGCAUGCCGCAAUACAACAUGUGACGUCGCUACAACUUUGGUGUCAGGCUUCCAUGUCAAUUAUCAAAACUUGUUCCUUUAUUUCUUAGUAAGCAACUCCAUUACCUUUACUGCAUCUCUCAGUGUCAUCUUUUUGCUUAUUAGUGGAUUUCCUCUUAAGAAUAAAUUUUUUACAGUCAUCUUGACACUUGCCAUGUGUACCACUCUCAUAUUCUUGGGCAUUACCUAUGUACUGGCAUUCAGCUUGAUGAUCCCAGAAAAGGAUAGGAAAGAACUUGGGGAAUUGACACUCUUACCAACUAGAGCUUUGGUUUAUUUGGUUCUUCUUGUGCUUUUAAUUUACAUAAUUCUCUUUCUCAUUCGGCUGUUAAGAAUGAUCUUCAAGUUCAUCCUUAGAUGUGCAAAGGCGUAAAUUUGUUGAACGAACCAGAAUGGAUGGAAUCGUCUCUAAGAUGGGAGACUGCGGUUGCUAUUAGUAAGUGGAUGAAAUUGUAAUUUUUUUCAAAGUGACUUAGCAGGUUAUGAGGUCUUCAAUUAACGAUUAUUCCAGAUUUCUGUAAUAUAUAAUGGCUACCAUCUAAGUUCAAAGUAUCCUCUCUCUUUUUUUCCUAA